GACUAGUUCAGUAGACGUUUUGGCUUAAAUGUGUUUGGUUGAUCGUUGUUUGAAGAGCGGAAUGUUGUGUUUGAAAAGUUGUUAAGAACAAGAAAAAAUAUCAAAAGAAGAAAUAAAAGAAAACAGUUCUUUUGUUUGUGGUUAAUACAAGUUUAUUUAAUUUUUUUAUUAUUAUUCUCCUAUACAAACAAAUAUGAUAAAAAAGCAAAAAAAAAACAAAAAUGUUUGAGUGUUAAGAAAUAAAUUUUAUCAUUUAAAAUUGUUGGAAAAUGUCAAAGGCACAAAUUUUGGCAAGGUGCAAAAAAAUAAGAAAUUAAAUUGUCAAAUGUGUUUACGUUGGUGCUUCAUGUAUUCUUAAAAGAAAUUUAAAUAAAUUUGUGAAAUAUAUUUAAGCAAGAAUUGUUUUUUAACAAAUAAAAUAUUUCGUCGUCAUCAAUUUUGUUGAUUUGUCUUGUCUGCAGUAGCAGUUCAUAUCUGUCAUAUCUAGUGCUGUAUCUAUCAGAUUUCCGUAUGUGUCCAUAAACAUAUGUACAUAUUUCCAAAUAGACGUACGUGAGUGUGGUUGUGCACAUUAACCCGUUUUAAUUUUCUAUGUGCGGUUUGCUUGCCGCAAACAAUGUUAAAUAAGUCCAUAUAGCAAACCAUUCCAAACCUCGACUGUGGUCUCGAUUGUGAUCUCAGCAAGGGAAAAAUAUACUACAUUAAAAAGCAAAAAUUUAUGAAGAAUAAAAACUCGUUCUGGCAGCUUUUGCUGGCUGUUCUGUUCGGACACUUCGUACCAAAUAAAACAUACGCCAGACUAGACCGGGCCAACAUUCGCACCGUUCCGCUCCACACCGCUUAAUGGUUACACAAACUGCCCAACUGGUCAACAGCUGAAAUCAUGUUCAUUCUAGCGGUUAACAAGUAUCACAGAUGACGUUGUUGGUGAAAAUGCGAUGGCAACGGCGAGUGCUAGUUUAGCUAUUAAAUACAUAAUACGUAAAAAAAAUAGUGGACAAAAAAUGCCUAUGGCAUCAGACUGUAUUGUUCCAAAGAGCAUUGAACACUGAUUACAAACGAAAUUCAUAUACUUUUAGUUUUCUACAAACAUCUCGUAAAGAUGCACGAACUAUUCACGAAAGUGCUAUCAAAACGUGAUCUAUCGCGCGCCGGUGACUUAUUUUCAGUGCCUGACUCGGAGAUUGUGAAUGAUAUUACAGAAGUGCUUUUCGAUAUUAGUCCUAUCAUCUCCCAUCCAGAUUAUUUAAAAAACAACAAUGAUCAAUCAGUCGUGGAAAUCUGUGUUACGCGAGUACUUUCCUGCAUACGUGAGACAAAAACUGCGGAACGCUACUGUUCUGCAUUGGUGGAUUUAUUGAAAACUUGCUUACUUUGGAAUCUCCAGCCAACUGCGUCCAGUAAAGAGGACCCGCCACAUGCUAAAAUUGCCGCCGAUAUUAUUUCUAGUAUAUUUUUGAAUUAUGAUAAGAAGGAGCUUAUGAAAAUUGCUCUACCAGUGGCUGUGCAAUUUUUACCUAAAGGUAAUAAGGAGCUGUCUAGAAAUUUAGCUAGUUAUCUAUCACUAGCGGCCAUCGAUUAUGCUUACCUGCUUAGCCCACACGUGACAUCUAUAAUAGAUUCCAUUAUGACUGGAAAUUAUGGACUAUUAAGAGUUCUCUCACAAAUCUACGAAGUCUCACCUGAAGAAGUUACUCCACAUGCACCUCCGCUUAUAACUUUAUUACCACAAUGUGAUUCACAAGAGAAAUUAGCUGUUUUCCAACUUUAUCUCUUAAUAGCGCAAAAGACACCUUCAGUACUUGAACCCUGUGUGCCCAUAUUAUGCGAGUCGUUAUACGAUGCUGAGACUGUAACAAUUACAAUGCAAAUACUUUUAAAGGUUGCCGAACAUCGUCCCCAUCUGAUGGUUGAACAUUUUGAUAAAAUUAAAUUAGCAAGUAAAACACAGCCAAAUUCGAUUUCAUUGGCGGCACAAAUUCUAACAGCAGCCGGGCGCACAAGUAAAGACAAUGCACAAUUUGCUUUAGAUUUUGUGCUUGAGCACUUACCACAUGCGGAUCGCACAUCACAAACAGUUUUAUUGCAAGAAGCGACAAAAUUAUGUUCAUCAUUUCCAAUCUUAUUUACUGAUAAAGUACUGGCAUGUGUCCGACAGAAGAAUGCUCUAAGCCAACAAAAGCUCUCUUCAUCGGACUUGAGUAUGGAUACAGUAAACAAGACUUCUGGUGGCGUGACAAUAGUUAAUUUAAACAGUCCCACAGACUCAACUCCUCCACCUGCACCAUCAACAGCGGCCGCAGUAGUGGCAACUGUAUUAAAUACCGCCGCUGCAACUGCUGCAAUCACAAACAGCUUUCAGCAUACUUCCAUCAUAACUGCAGAUCCAGUGACAAGUGCGACCACAGUUUCUGUUGCAUCAGCUAUUGCAACUACAAGUCGAAUGCACAAAAACAAGAAUAAAAGUCGCAGUAGUCCAAGCAGUCCAAAAGAUACCAGUCGUAAACUAAUCACCAGCGGCAAUAUUAAAAUUCCUUCUAGCCAUAAUAACACAACCACAGUUUCCAACAAUACAACAACAGUUAUUCAUCAAAACGGUGCUACCGUACCACCGACACCACCUCACGCUGGCUACACAAGACGCGUGAAACUUGGUGACUCACGCAGCACUGGCCGAUUGCAUCCAAGUGGAAAUAUGCAUCGAAGCAUGACACGUUUAAAUGUAGCCGGUGGUUCUUCAGUCGGUGGUCUACACAAAAGCAUGACACGUUUAAGCUCAUCUCAGCACAUAAACCAAAAUGGUUCUAGCUCCAACUCUAAUGCAAAUAAUUCUCAUUCCAGCGGGAAUGUUGUAGUUCAAACUGGUGCUACGCCAAAAACACCUACAAGUCCAAAUAGUCCGGGUUACGUGACACCUGUACCGCCAUUAAGCAAUAAUGUCAUCAUAACUGGUCACAACAAAUGGGGCAUCCCAUCCACGCAGGUGACCUCCGGUGGUGUGACAGUAACAACAUCGCCAACAAAAGUACGACCACACUCACAGGGUCCCACAACGCUGCUCAAUUCGAGUACAGCACUGCUAAAGUACAGUACAGAUGCACUGAAUCAAUCUAUAGGUUCUAUAUCGAUACCACAGAAUAUGGUCUCAGUGCAUCACGCAUCGCCAGCUUUGUUACAACAAAACAAUGGAAAUCAAAAAUCCGUAAUGAAACUACCAGUGAACGGAAAUAGCACUCAUGAAGUCAUAGUAUCUGGUCCAACUACAAAUGUAACGCCACGCCGCAACGAUAACACCAGUCGCACGCUGCUGAACGCUAACAACAGUAUACUGGAUCAGCGCAUGAGCACUUUUGAGCCAUAUCAGAUAAUGCGUGAUCCCGUACAGCAAUUUUGCGAUAAAAAUUUCAGUUCCAUUAAGAAGUACAUGGAUGAAGUUUCUCAGUUUCUCCCACCUCCAACCCGUUGUAGUAUUGAAGUUUCCAAUGAAUUUGCAGAGCGACGCACCAAAAAAGUUGCCAAAUUACAUUUUGCCUGUCAAAUUCGUGGUCCACAUUGUCUCUACUCCAAAACGUGCUUCACAAUGCGGACACGUAAUCCAAAAACAUGGAUACAUUUAAUGUUUCUAGAUUUUCAAGUUCGGCACUAUGUUAAGGAAAAAUGUGUACUGAGCACUCGGGAACCCGGCAUAAGUAAUUUAAAAAAUAUUUGGCAAAUACUCAAAUGCGAAAAUCGCAGCUUUACGGAACUGGCUACAAGCCAAUUCCCAAAUGCAAAGGAUCGUGAAAUACUCGUAAAUGAAUUACGUCACUCUGGUUUUUUGGAUGUCUUUGAAGUCUCUAAAACAGAUAAAUCGAAUCCAAAUUGUAACGAGUUGGACUACCAAUGGGGUUGUUUCUUAUGCAAUCAUCCAGACAAAGCAGUUGGAUUUCUUAACGGUAGCAACCAACCAAUGAUUGAAGGUCAACUAAAAGAGAAAAAAGGAAAAUGGCGAUUAUUCCGUCGUUGGCGGACAAGAUAUUUUACAUUAUCUGGUGCACAUUUAUCCUGCAAAGGAUCGAGCGGUGGUGAAAGUAUAGAUGUAAAUCAAAUACGCUCCGUUAAAGUUUCACGUGGUGCACGUAACAUACCCAAAGCAUUUGAAAUAUUCACUGCCGAUCAAACAUUAAUACUCAAACCUAAGGAUGGUAAAAAUGCCGAAGAAUGGGUUCAAUGCCUCAGUAUCGUGGUAGCUCACUCACAGGCUCGAGACAAUCCUAUCAACACCAAAACAAAUAGUUUGCCAGCACGUGGAAUGGGUAGCAGUAAACCCUCAUUUUGAGAUUUAUAAAUAUUAUAUAAUAUUAGUUUAUAUAUACAAUAUAUAUAUAUAUCUACAUAAAGGACUUUGUUUACUUCAAUGACAAAAGACAUUUAUCAACAAAUAUGCUUAUACUACUUAGUU